AUGGAGCGGAGACACGGCUCGCCAACGACCGCCGGCAUCGGCUUGCUGCCCAAUACACGGACUGGCGAUCCGUGGGCUGGCCAGCCGAAGUACAGCAAAGGAAUGACGGCGUCCAUCUCGAUCAUCAUCUUUCUCUUUGCGCUAGCUUCGGUGCACUCGCGUUGGCAACGGUACCAACAUCAGCGCCAUGCCAGCGACUCGACUAUCCUCGAGAAAGCGACAAGAUCCUCAACCUCGGGCUGGCUGGCUCGACCCGCCGCGGCCUACCGAAUGCUGGCCUAUCGAAGGCUGCCAUCCUAUCGUUGGGGCUUCCUCAACCUGCGUCUGCCCGUCCUCGGAGCUACUUUGGCGCUCUCGGCCUUCAUGCUCGGUUUCACCAUCUGGGCCUUCGUCGUGCAACCCUACUAUCGAGACAACAGCAGCUUCGGAAGCCCGCCUCUGGCCCUUCGCGCCGGUAUGAUGGCGCUCGGUCUCAUGCCUUUCAUCUACGUGCUAGGCUCCAAGGUCAACUUUAUCUCUCUGCUCACUGGUGUGAGCCACGAGAGGCUUCAAGUCUACCACCAAUGGCUCGCGCGCUUCAUGCUGUUCCUCGCCACCGUCCACAUGAUCCCAUUCAUCUAUCAGCCGCUUUCUGAGGGUGGCGCGGCUGCGCUGCGAGAAUGGUUCUCCUCCGACAGGAUCAACACGACGGGCGUCAUUGCGUACGUCUGCCUCUUUGUGCUUUCGUUUGCGAGCAUGACGGGCAUCCGCGAGAGGUGUUACGAACUCUUCCUGCUCAUCCACGUGCCCGUUGCCAUCCUGUUCCUCGGCUACAUGUUUGUGCAUUGCCAGGCUUUGCUGACAUCGUGGCGAUAUCUGUGGGCCACAGCAGCACUGUACAUGCUGUCCGUGUUCCUGCGCUUCGCCGCUCAGCUACAGCAGAACAGCUUCCUCUCGCUGGCAACGUGUCGGGUCGAAGCGCUGCCAGGUGGGCUCACCAAGAUGACGGUCGACUCGGCGUUACGAUGGAGGCCCGGACAGCACGUCUUUGUGCGCUUUCCAGGCCUUGCGCCGCUGUCAGCGCAUCCCUUUACGAUCGUAAGCAUGCCGUCGGCGGACGAUCAGCAGCUCAUGUCGACGGUGGUGCUCAUGGCCAAGGCUCGCAAAGGCAUCACGAAACGUCUCUACGACCGAGCGUCCCGCGUGCAGGCAGAGCAAGUACCUCACAGAGGAGGCGGUCUCGCUCUCUCUGCCGUGCUCGAUGGCCCUUACGGGCAGGAUGCCAGCGUCUCGGAUCAUCAACACGUCUUGCUGCUGGCAGGUGGAAGCGGCAUCACCUUUGUGCUGGCCUCUUUGCUGGAGCUGUCGUGGCAGUGGCAGAAGAAGGCAGCGGCCACUCGUCAUGUCCAUUUCGUCUGGUCCAUUCGAGAUGCAGAAUCGCUGGAAUGGGUCCGUCCAUACCUCGUGACCGUCACUGCACUGGCACCGUCGGCGAAUGCACUCCGAAUCUCGAUCUACAUCAGCGGGCGGGACGCUGUUCCGCGGGAUCUGGCGUUGCCCGCAAGCUGGGAAGUGCACUGGGGCACGCACCCUGAUGCUGCAGCUGCAGUGACAGAUCUGGCCCGCGAGGCAUCCAACCCGAGCAAACAAGUCGACGUCGAGAAAGCGUCAUCUAGCAUGUCGAGCGCGAGUGCAGAACCCUUCGAGAGCUCAGGUUCUGCUGCUGCUGCUGUUGUCGUGUGCGGGCCAUCUGGCAUGGUCAAGGACGCUUCCAAUGCGGUAGCAGACCUCCAAGCCGACAUUCUACGUGGCAAUUUGGCGGGCGUCGAGAAUGUCACUCUCAUCACGGAGAGUUUUGGGUUCUGA